AUGAUCUAUCCUUGGAUGUCGUCAAGAGAAGCUGGUCAGAGACAAGUGGUGCUGCGUCGCGCCCUGUUGACCGCUCGAGCCUCGGCAGAUACUGUCUACCGGGGGUAUAGGGUUCGGGGUCGAGGCCUGUUAACAACCCCCUCGGUCCUACUGAUCGUCUGCGUUGUACGUGACAUAAAUCGACCAGUGGUCUCCGUCUUGCCCGUUCUUUGUACCUCCACUCCAACCAGACCAAGAAUGGCCACCCGAAGUGCUCGUGACAACAAAGCGCUCAAUGCCCGCCAUGCUGAAGUGUUGAAGACCAUGCUCCGCCAACCCGAAAACAAACUGUGCGCCGAUUGCAAAAGAAACGAUCCUCGAUGGGCCUCGACUAACCUCGGAUGUUUCAUGUGCAUCCGUUGCAGUGGCAUCCAUCGAAGUAUGGGCGUUCACAUCACCAGAAUCAAAUCUAUCGAUCUUGAUACUUGGACUCCCGAACAAGUAGCUUGCGUUCAACGAUGGGGCAACAAAAGAGCUAACGCAUAUUGGGAAGCUCAUCUCCGUCCUGGGCAUAUGCCUCCAGACCAUAAGAUUGAAAGCUUUAUACGCAGCAAGUACGAAAGUAAACGUUGGGCAAUGGAGGGUCCUGUACCAGAACCUGAGACGUUAGACGGUGAUGAGCACGUUGCUCCUGCUGCUCCAGCUCCUGUUGCCCAGAAAGCUGUACCAUCAAACCCGUCGAUAACCAAAGUCACGCCACCAACGAUGAGUAAACCUGCUACUUCAGUUCCAAUGACCGACAACUCGAUGGAUUUCUUCGGCGGUCCAACUGAGCAGCCCGCAAAGCCAGCCUCUGGGGCUGCGAAUGCAAAGACCGUAAAUAAUGUUCAACCGAGUGUUGGCGGGGGCUUAUUUGACCUGGACUUCUCGCCUCAAGCUUCGGCAGCUGCAGUCACUGCCACGGCCCCUGCUGGAAGGAAAGAUGUCAAGAACGACAUCCUUUCACUUUUUGCGACCAAACCCCAACAAAGCUACGCAAGUCCAAUCGGCCAGGCCACAAACAUGAACGCCGUCAACAAUCAGUUCAAUGGCUUGAACUUUGGUGCAACCAGCACGAUGCCUCAGCUCAACAACGUCAAUCACCCCUCGACUCUACCCCAAAACAACACAUUCGCAGAUAGCAACAAUGUUUGGGCUUCUCCCUCCGACCACCUACGACAUCAGAAUCAAGACCCAUUUGGCAGCUUUACCAGUGGUACCAAUUCAACAAACGGCAAUAGCAAAGACGUUUUCUCUGACAUCUGGAGUUGA